CUUAUUUUACUAUGUAUCCGGGUUGCAUUUGAGCAAACUCUUCGGCUGUGUUUUAAUAUUUUAUGACGAAGCUUGUUAAAAGUUGGACAACAGCAGUGGAAUAAGAAUAGCUCAACCUAGUAGAGCCUUAUUCAUAUAUACAAUGAACUCUAUUCAAUAUAUUCAUAUAUCUAUUUUUUUUUUAUUUCUUUUUUUUUUCGGGGGGUGGUGUAUCUCUUGAAGUAUUAAAUACAAAAUAAUGUUAUUAAUUAGAUCCUCAUUUUAUAUAAAAAGAACAUUACCCUUAAUAUACUCAAGACCAUGUUUAUUCCAUUCAACCAUUCAUAUGAAGCAAAAACAGAAUAGAGACAAAGAAUACGAUUUACGAGUGGGCUUUGCCAUCGUCACAUUACAAGACAAUAUACCUCAUUUCUUUGAAAAGGGCUUAAUAGAACAUUCAAUUUAUUCACCCAAUGUCAUCUUAUCAGACCCGCAUUAUACAAAACUUUCAAUUCAUGGCCGUACACCCUAUUUAGGCAUAGCACAGAUGUUAAGAUGGAGUACAGGUCUUUAUUUUGAUCAUAUCAAACUAGAGAUAACUAAAAUGCGAGCUUUACCGAAUGAUACAACGAAUGAUGAUGAAAAUAAUGAAAAUAGAGCGAGUUUUUCCUCUAUUGAUGAAAUGGAAAAUGAUAUAAAAUCAAAGGGGAGUGUACAAUGUUUAGAAGUAAGAUGGAAAUUACAGGGUACUAAAAAUCCAACCUUCUUUCAACCGGAACCUCGUAUAAGGCAUAUAGAGGGAGUAUUUAUCUAUAAAUUUGAUAGUCAAGGCUAUAUAGGAGAGCAUCGUAUACAGCGUAUUGUACCUCCACCUAGUCGCAAAGUGUUAUUUAUGCAUUCAUUGGGUGUAAGAUUACGCUCAUUAUUUUGGGAAAAAAGGCCUCCUGUUUUGAAUCCUGGUUUUUAGUGUUUAUAUAUGUUAUAUGUUAUAUAUAAUAUAUAGGCAUAUAAACAGACAAAAGCAUGAUACUAUUUUUAUAUCCAAUAAAAUCAUAAUAGUAGUCCAUUGUAAAUACAUUAAGAUAUUGGGCAGUAGUUAUGCAAAAAAAGUAGAAGUGAUGUGGGGACUCAAUUUUCUUUUUUCUUUUUUUAUCACUUCAAAGUCCGUCAACGCCAUUGAUGACUAGAACAAAAACAGAAAUGGUUUCCUAGGUAAUGGCAACUAUAGGAAUAAAAUGGCUUGCACAAACAAUGUAAAACAAAUAAUAGUCCUUCGAUUCCUAUCAAGUUAGAAUGACUAGUUCAAUAGAAAGUGUAGUAGUGUAACAGCAAAAUAAGAUAAGCUCUCUAGUCUACUACGUAUCAAAAGAUAGUAAUAGAUACAUAAUAUUUAAAACUAGAUAUGGAACUGUUGCUUAAAAAAAAAUUAAACAUUUACUCGAUAUCUCUAAUUUGCACUUGAU